AUGGAGCACGCCUACAGUCCCGCACCGCCGCCGUCGCCCCGACUGCCUCCACCGCCGUCUUCACCGCACCCAGCCCACCUCCAGGCACCGCAGAUAUCUCCCAGGCGCUUCGCUGUGCAACCUCCCCUCCUCAACACCACCCUCGCGCCGCCACCUCAGUCCGGCCAUUCGUACCUGCAUGGCUCGCUACCUACACCGGCGACUGCCUCGUCUCUGAGCCUGCCCUUCUCGCCUUCCCCCGCGCCCUCGACGUAUGCGCCUUCGCCCAUCGCGGCUGCUUCUCCCAUGGCUAUGAGGGGCUCGGGUCCAGCCGUGCCAUACAAUCCCCAGCAAUGGACGCGCGGUGGGAAUGUCAGUGGGCAGCAUGUUCAGCAUAGCCAGACGUCGGUCCCCACGAGGCUUCAGGAUGUGACAGGCAUGGAAGCGUCGAUGCCCUCACCACCGCCUCCAUACUCGCCCGGCCAGAACCCGAACGUGUCACAAUCCCUCAGCACCAGCAACACAUCAUCGCCUCAGAUGUCUGCCAGCACGUUUCCCCAUCCACCACCUCCCCCACCCCCGAGCAGCAAUCCUUCGUCUGCGCGACCCAUCUCUGGAUAUCACAGUCGACCUGGGUCAAUGGUCAUGCCUUCGAGCGCGACAAGCAUAACAUCGAACCCUCAGUUCCCACCUCCGCCCCCCAGGAAUGGAACAGGUCGUUCAGUGUCGCGCGAUAAGCUGGCUUCCAAGUUCAGUCUGUCGUCGUUCAGGAAUCGGAACAACGAUCAUAGUCCUGGCCCGAGCAACAUCGACUCGCUUCGUAUCAGUACUUCUGAUGCGAUUCAGCGGGCACCAGCUUCUCCAGGGCUGGUCGCACAGAGGGCUGCCUCAAAUUAUAUGGCAAACACAUUAGACCGACGGUACAGCCCCGACACGCAAUCGCCUAGCAGACCACCCACCUCUCGAAGAGCGGCCUCUGCUGGCGUACCGGGCUACGAGACCCGAACGCCUAUUGACGAAUCGCCAAUAGUGCCAGCAGGGGGCUGGAGUCGAAAUGUGCCACUACCUCCGCCCCCGCCGGGCCCUCCACCCAGCAGCUCGAGAUCGCAGAGUAUGGGGCCUGGGACUGAACCGCCAUCAAAUCGAGCGCCGAUUUUACCUUCAGCCCCUCCAACAAGAAGACCCGGUCAAACAACAUUGGCACCCAUACCACCUACUCCCCAAGGUUGGCAGGAUGAAUCUACGAGCGUGCGACCAAGGUCUCCAGCCGCCCACGGUCUACAUAUUGACACAAGUCCGCGCGCUGUGCAUCUAUCCGAUCAGCCUGCGCCAGCAUCAGAGAGCGGGAGUGUUUCGAUUUCGUCGGGGCCAACGAACACCACAUCGGGUUCGGGUAGCACUCUGUAUCGCACUCCAAAUAGAGGAGAAGGUAGCACCCGAGGCAUCCGUGAGCGACGGAGUGAGAGUCGCGCUGCUCGAGAGCUGCGUGUCGAACCGAGCAACAACCCAUGGGCGCAAGACUUGGAAGCAGAAUCAGCGAAACCUGCCAAUCUGGACUUGGGAACGCCUGAAGGUGGCCUAACACGGCGUGGUGCUAUCACCAAAGGCACACCGAGGAGUGCCGGGGCUGUACGCUCACCAAGAAGCGGCCAUCUCUAUGAAGAUCCUGGUUCGUCCAACUCUACGCCUCGUGUGGACACGAAUCCAAAGGCUGCAUCUAUGGCUGUUGCAACACCACCUUUUUCGCCAGGUAUGGAACAUCUCAGUCGUUCAGCACAGAAAGCACCCGUCUCUCUCCCCUCCAAAGCGCUGCCUACUCCACCGUUACGUAUCUAUGGUGAUGAGAGGGAAGCAGACCUGACCCGUUGCUCAGAAGCUGCAAAUGAUUCGGCGAUCCAAACGCCUAGUACCGCACAUACCGGCGCACCAAACUCGAGUUUGAGCACACCCAAACCAGCAGACACGCAUGCUUUUGCACGUGCCUCCAUGGAGCGGCAUCGACAAUUCAUCGAGAAGGAGAUGUCAGCUGAAACGGACCAAGAUAGACUGGAGUUGUUUGCCGAGUUCAUUGUUACCGAGUCACGACUUCGUCGUGAUCGGUACUCUGGGGCUUUUGAUGCAAUGGCUGGAGAUAUCAUGGAUUUGACAAGAGAUUUAUGGCGCUCGUACGGCAAUUCUGGGCGCAGAUCAGCUACACCAAACACCCAGGCUACUCCUGUAGGACAGGGUAACAGGAGGUCCCAGGGCUCCGUAACCGGCGAAUCUCCCGACACACGCUUCUCCUCGAUGCCGACGACAGCUGCCAGUCCUGCAUCUUCCAUUGGCAACUUCACUCCCCAUACAGAACCAGCAUCUCCUUCCAGCGCAUCCAGCCAGAAGGCUCGGGACGCUGCUUGGACUAACAAUUACCAUCCUUCGCUCUCGCCUAUCCCAAGUAUGGCUAUGAGCACCAUUCCUGAUGAACAAGAUUCCAGAGGUAGGUCAGCGAGUCGCUGGUGGGAAAGCGACGGCGGCUCCUCUGGAGUUGGUGGUGGUAGAAGAUUGGAGCGGAGUAAGCGGGAAUCAAAGUACAUGAGCUUGCCAAAAGAAGCUCGUGAGAAUCUGCAGUGGGCAGGCGAGAAUCCAUCCACUCCAAACCAGCGUGGCGAGUCCAGCAGUCGGCCAGCGUAUGGACCUAACGAAUACCCACCCGAAAAGGUCGGCCUGCAUGAGGAAAAUCUACAACCACCACAGCAGCAGCCUUACGGUUACUAUUCCAGGUCUGCUACGGCAACGCCGGACCCACACAAGCUGGAUGUAUCCCGACUCGUCACGCUCCCGCCAUCCUACCCACGCCAUCACCCCGCAGUCAACAACAGUCACCCUGACCUAGCAAGUAUUCGGAGUAGCUUGCGAACCCUAUCGGAGCUCGAUGAAGUGAAGAAUACAAAGGCCAAGUUCAAGACAAAGAUUGACGCACGAAAAGAGCAAGAAAAUGCAUCGCUGUCUGACAAAAGAGCACAACUUCGGUACAAUAUUCAAGACAACGUUCGCAAUGGAGUCAUGUCAUUUGCAGAAGCGGCCAAGGCAGAAGCAGAUUUCGAGGCUCGCGAGCAUCAAAGAGCUCAGGACGUAGUCCAGUGGAUAUUCGAUAGCUUCCAGGCUGAAGUCGCUAACCCACUGCACGCCAUGUUCUGCGAACGCAUCACCAAGGCUACCGCAUCGAUGGAGCAUCUCAAAGGACGUUUGUGCAACGAGGCGCAGGAGCCCAAUCCCAAUCAAACGCAGGAAGAGGGUGAUGAAAAACCAGAACUCCUGGAAAUGCUUACCUUGCACAAAUGGCUUUUUGAAGCGCGGGAACAGCUACACAAGGAGAUGUUUGAACUCGAAGACGAGCGCAACGACCUUUACAGAGAUAUCAUUGUCUUGCCAUAUGUCCAGACCAAGAACGAACAGAAGGUCAAAGAAGCCACGACCUUCUUCCAACGCGAUGGACAGGAUCGCAAAGUCACAUUCGAGAAGGAAACGCUCAAGCGCUACGAAGAUCUCAUGAACGUCAUCGAACAGAACGUGACCCGGGGUGUCGAAGCCCAGCUGUCGGCUUUUUGGGACAUCGCGCCUGGAUUACUGGAAAUUGUGCAGCAAGUCCCUCGGAACCUGCACGGCUUCGAGGUUCUGGUUCCACCGCAGGAGUAUGUGGAGACGCCGGCCUACCACGAGUACCCACUACAGUAUUUGUACACUCUAUUGGCACAUGCUGGUCGCUCGGCAUACCAGUUCAUUGAAUCGCAGAUCAACUUGCUAUGCUUACUGCAUGAGGUCAAGACCGGAGUUAUGACGGCAGGCUCACGACUUCUGGAGACGCAAAGGCUGUUAGAAGGCGAGGAUCUGACAGGCGUCAAUCAAGAGAUGAAGGCUAUCAGAGCAGAUGAGGAACGGCGAUUGACGGACGACCUCAAGGAGAAGGUUGGUCUUGUCGAAAGCCAGUGGAACGAGGCACUUGGGAAGGGCCUGGAAAACUGCAAAGUGCGUGUGGAAGACCAUCUCACCGAGCAAGGGGGAUGGGACGAUACCCUGAAGGAGUAG